UUGAACUCAUGAACGUUAAGGAUCUAACCCUAGCACACGUCAAGAGCCAUCUCCAGAUGUAUAGAACAGUGAAGAGCACUGACAGAGAAGGACAAGGAGGGAAUGGUCGAGGUGCUGAAAUGGGGAUGAAUAAUGCUGCUUCUCAGUGGAGUGGAAGAGAGGUGGAAGCAGAAGAAGUGGAGGGAGGAGUACUAUUGCAGGGGCAAUAUGAUCAGAUCAGCACCCAUUGCUAUGCCUUACCAACAACAACACCACCACCACUGUCCAACUCUUCAAGUGGGUUGCGUCCAUCUUUGGAGAGGACUGCUUGGAACCCAUCAAUCAGACUAAAUAAUGCAUUAUCAUAUCCUUACUUCAGAGGGGAUCAUUUGCUGCACAGUGACAGCCAAAUGGAAGAUCAACCAAACAUCAAUCCUUUUCCUGUUGCAGCUGAUGGAGGGAGGGCACCUCCUAACCUUGAGAUAACAUUAGGCAGAUAA